AUUUCACUCCACUUUUUUCAAAUUGGAGCGUGGUUCCAGCUGAUGCACUCCUAACCAUGGCUGGUGUCAAAGGUUGCUCAACCACCUCCAUGCGUUGCUUCCCUUUCCUCCUGCUCCUUUCAGGGCUUUUCUCUGGGGAAUCCAGUCCCAUCAGUUCUCCGGAGAGGCACAGAAUUGCCCCUGGGCUUGACGAUGGCCGUGGAGGGGUUGUGGACCUUUCUCUUCUAGAGCAGGACAGUGAAGUGGAUAUGCAAAAUCUGCUGGAGACCCUGCGGGGACAGUUCCUGCGGACCUUCAACCUGUCAGGACACGGACCCCCCAUGCAGCCUGGCGCACCCCGAGUGCAGCCUCCGGAAUACAUGCUGGAAUUGUACAACCGGUUUGCUAACGACCGAACUUCCAUGCCAUCUGCAAACAUUGUACGCAGCUUCAAAAACGAAGAGUCCAGCCCAAGCAACGUGGGUCCCGACGGCAUGAGACGACACCCCCUGCUUUUCAACAUUUCCAUCCCAAGUCAUGAGCGCGUUAUAGCUGCUGAGCUCCGUCUCUACACCCUCGUCCAGAUCGACAGGCGUCUGUAUGCCGGCGUCGACCGGACAGUGACAGUUUAUGAGGUGAUUCCACGAAAUGACAGUUGGUCCAAAGACGGAGAAGAGGAACCGACGCAGCUAGUGGAGUUGGCAUCACGGCAGGUUUAUGGCACGGACAACGGCUGGGAGACUUUUGACAUGACUGUUGCCGUGCAACACUGGCGCAGGUCCGAUUACGGCAACACCCACAGACUGGAGGUUCAUAUUGCAAGUUUAAACUCACAGAAUGUGUCAGAGAUUGAAGGUCCUGCCACACGGGGGGACAUGGAAAUCGAUACCAGUCCAGAAGAGAGGCACAAACCUCUGAUAAUUGUUUUCUCCAAUGACCAGAGCACGGAUCACAGAGGAGAAAAACAGGAGUUGAAUGAGAUGAUCAAGCAUGAAAUGCCUGACACGGGUCCGAAUGACAACCUGGGGAUGGAACUCAUGGAUCUCUGGGGGGAACUAAGGAGUAUGGAACAAGAAGGAGAUAGCAAAGAAGAGGAACCAGACGAAGAAGCUCUCCUGCAGAUGCGUUCCAACCUCAUUUAUGACACAGCCUCCAGGAUUCGAAGGAACGCAAAGGGCAACCAGUGCAAGAAGAGUUCCCUAUAUGUCGAUUUUAAGGACAUUGGUUGGGACUCUUGGAUCUUAGAACCUCAGGGCUAUGAGGCAUAUGAAUGCACAGGAGUCUGCACGUACCCUCUAACCAAACAUGUCACUCCAACCAAGCAUGCCAUUGUGCAGACUUUGGUCAGCCUUAAAAGUCCAAAGACUGUUUCCAAGGCUUGCUGUGUCCCCACAAAGCUUGACCCCAUAUCGCUUCUCUACCUGGAUGAUGCAGGUGUGGUCACCUACCAGUACAAGUUUGAAGGCAUGGUAGUGGCAGAGUGUGGUUGCAGAUAGUCCGAAAAGCAUUUGGUGGGGAAGUUUUAAGGUUUGGUAAAGGACACUGAGAAAUGGAUACAUUUCUAUGUCUUGGAGGAAAAGAGACUGCAGUUCCAGGUCAACAGGAUAAAAUCAAGACAUAAGAAGUCCCACAGUUAAAGGGCUGUUCUUUCUUAACGUAACAUCAAGAGACUUUAAGACCUUUAGGAUCUGGUGAUGCUUUUAUAUAUAACUUUUUCAAAAGGGACAGUAGAAAAGAAAGAAGUCUAAAAAGAAGAAAAAAAAUAUUAGUGCUUCUGUAUAGAUAUUGCCUUCGGUGAGAGUUUGCUUGAGGUUCAUUUCAAUAAAAAGAGAAGGAUUCGAAGGCCAAAUGUACAACUCAUGACACCCCUCUUAUCAGUCUCUGAAUCACUAAUUCCAGACUGAGGGGAAAACAAUACAACAAACCACUAAAUCAACUUCCUCAAGAUGACUACAGCCAUAGUCAGAAAACUGUCGGGGUGUUGCAUUGUAUUUUGAUGUUUUCUGGGUGUGAUAGUUGACCUGAACUACUCGUACCAAAGAUACACUCCUGGCCUUUCCAAUGGCGACUCCAUUUUACAUCAACAAAGUUCUUUCUCUAAGGAGGUCGCUCAGAAACAUAGAACACUGGUUUUGGGGGGCCUGUGAACUCUAAAAAAACUGUAAAGUCACUCCCCAUGGAAACCCCCAGCAUCCAGUCUCUGUAGCAUCGUAUCUACAUCCUUCUCUGUCCUGUGUCAAUACACAACUUCCUGCGUAACUGCAAGCAUUAGAUAUGAACCAUCCAAGGCAAAGCAGUAUUGGUUAUCUGGGAAGUCUUUGAGGAACGGAAAUGUGUGAAACUAACCAGAAUGAUCUAGCGUGAGAUGGUCUACCGGUCAAUGAGAAAAAAUGAGCAGUAUUCCUGUUUUUGUUUUGCAUGGAUACCCUCUGGUCAUUCUGGACAUGCAAAAUGUAUGGACCUUGUCCAGGUAUCAGACAGCGAUCGCUAUUUAGAUGCCUAAACGCAGUUCCAAGAAGAUUCCUCUGUUUAAUGCGCACAUGGUCAGUCAGAUUCAUGAACUUUAAAAUUCUAUUUAUGUUUUGCAUCUUUUAAUAGUUUGUAUCUUCGUGCCUUACCGCAAUACUGUGUAAUUUGCAAAGCAAAGCUUUGGAUCACCAACUGUACUAUCAGGCCCAAGAAAGGAGCAGAAGAGCAGAAGAUGGAGGAAGUUGCAUGCUCUUUCCAAUGUCCAAGGCAUGGCAGACUGCAUCAUAAGAGUGCUGGUGGGUGUGAGGUGGAGGGGUAGAGGGUAUAGGGUUAUCUGCAUUCUGUUGCCUUGCAUGCCGUGAGAGCUAAGCUCCCAGGCCUUGAGCAGUCCAUGAUAAGAAGGUGUUGGAGCUGAGAAACAUGCAAGUGACCAUUUCAAGCAACUAGGGCUGUCAAGAUUCCACUGGGCUUAAACGUUACUUCAACUCCCUGACCCUAAUCUGGUCUGACGGAAAGGAAUUACUGUCCAUGGACACUGGCUCACAGUCCAUCCUUGCUAUUAUAUAUAUA